AUGGCGGAUGAAGUUUCUGUCGUGGUUUCGAAAACAGAAAAUGUUGAAAAUCCAUUCGUCGCUGAGGGAGAACUGUCCCAGAAAGCGGAUUAUAUUAUUUCGCACUCGACGAUAACUAGACACGAAAUUGUUAUAGCUGAUCCGGACAAUUUGCUGAUGAGUGUUGAUUCUGAAGAGUCACAGGCCAGAGAUAUUACAAAAGACAGUGACGAAAACCAAAACGAGGUUGUCGUAAGUGAAGUUGUCCUAGAACCAACAGAUGCUUCAAAACAGCAGCAACAAGUUUCAAAGUCGAAGGGUGCUUCAGAAACUCAGUCCAUUCAAGUUGAAGUUGGGAAGGGAAACGCUUCCAUGGUCGUCCCACAAAGGGCUGAAGAGGUUAAACUGAAGAAAGGUAGAAAGUGUUGUGGCAAGGGAUGUACUAUUGUAUAA